ACACACAUGGGUCAAAAAUGACCCAUGUAUGCAAGUGUGAAUUUGAUAGGAACCUUUGAUUUGUAAAUGUUUGUAGUUAGGAACAUGUUUACUUUGGACAACUUUUCACAUGCCACACUUGUCAGAACUACUUGUCAGAACUAAACGGGCUGCUUUUGCACAUCUGAUUCAUGUAAGUCUUAUUUUACAAUUGUUUUACCUAAGAAAAUAUUUGAUAUCUUGUGAAAAGAUAACUGCACAUAACAUUUGAACAUUACUUCCCUCUACUGGUGGGAAAGAGAAAUAUGUCCAAUAUUAUUAGCUUAACAUAUUCUCUUUUUGCUAGCUAAUGUUAGCUUAUGUAAGCUUGGGUCAAUUCUAGCUAACGAUAGCUAGGUCAACAUGACAUUCUAUUCUAGCUAGCUAAUGUUAGCUAAUGUCAGCUAGGUCAAUUCUAGCUAGCGAUAGUGUCACAGCCCGGCUCGCGACUGUGACAAGGAGGAGACGACACUGGUGAGCUGUUACGUUUUACAGAAUAUUUAUUAACCAAAAAACCAAUAACCAAGUCUCCACAAGACAAACAGAAAAUGAUAGAAGCGUCUGGGAGAGACCACCUCGUCCCAGAGGCAGUGUGAGAGACCCCGGGAGACGGAUCCGCCAGGCCAAUUAAGGGCAGAGCACACCUGGCCGCGGUGUGCUCUGAUUCCCCCUGACGCCCACUCCACCUGUAGCUCUGGAAGACCAGGGGUCGUCACAAUAGCUAGGUCAACAUGACAUUCUAUUCUAGCUAGCUAAUGUUAGCUAAUGUCAGCUAGGUCAACAAAAUACAACUUGAAAUAGAACAGUUUACAGUAUAUACUGUAGUCACUAGGGGAUACCAGAAAUACUGAAUGAUGAAAUUCAUUCACUGCAAAGAUCUAGAAAAUAAAAGCUUCACUUUUGACCCAUGUUGUGUUAAAUUGAAAGAAUAACACUUGUUUGUGACGUACUAUUUAACUCAACCAAGGCUUUAUAGAAAAGAACAAGGAUUCAUUAAGCAAAUAAUUCCUUGUUGUCAGUUUGCUUUAAUGUCACAGUGUCAUUGAUCAUAGAUUACUUUGAUGCCUGUGAAGACUUGCAAAGUUGAAAGAUUUAUAGGAUCUGAAGAGAAACAACAGCCUCACGGACACACCUGCAGACUUUCAAACUCACUCCACCUCUGGUUCUUUUCAUCCACACUCUUUGUCCGAACCCCGUCGAAAUGAUCCAGAACGGCAGCCACCACCACCAAGCUGCAGCCAACGAGCGGCGGGACAGAGCCGGGUGCGGUGAGCCCGCUGGCCCGGUGUGCAUCCCGGAGAAGAGGAAGCGGGUCGUCCGUCUGUGGAGUGACGGCUGUUAUGACAUGGUUCACUAUGGUCACUCCAACCAGCUACGCCAGGCCAAAGCCAUGGGAGACUACCUCAUAGCUGGAGUACAUACAGAUGCGGAGAUCUCCAAGCACAAGGGUCCUCCGGUCUUCACUCAGGAAGAGCGCUACAAGAUGGUGCGAGCCAUCAAGUGGGUGGAUGAGAUCGUGGAAGGAGCACCUUACGUCACCACCCUGGAGACUCUGGACAAGUACAACUGUGACUUCUGCGUGUACGGAGAUGACAUCACGCUGACGGUAGACGGCAAGGACACAUAUGAUGAGGUGAAGCGUGAAGGCCGUUACCGGGAGUGUAAACGCACACAGGGUGUCUCCACCACUGACCUGGUGGGAAGAAUGCUCCUCAUGACCAAAGCCCAUCACAGCAACAUGGAUAACCCAUAUUACCAGCAGCAAACAGACAACUUUGGAAAGGGUCCAAAAGGCCACAGUCCAUGGACUGGAGUGUCCCAGUUCCUCCAGACGUCCCAGAAGAUCAUCCAGUUUGCCUCAGGAAAAGAGCCGCAGCCAGAUGACACCAUCAUCUAUUUGGCUGGAGCAUUUGACCUCUUCCACAUUGGCCAUGUUGACUUCCUAGAGAUGGUGUAUAAGCAGGCAGAGAGGCCAUAUGUCAUCGUAGGUCUGCACUUUGACCAGGAAGUGAAUCGGUACAAGGGGAAGAACUAUCCAAUCAUGAACAUCCACGAGAGAACACUGAGUGUCUUGGCCUGUCGGUAUGUGUCAGAGGUUGUGAUUGGUGCACCCUACGCAGUGGGCAAAGACCUUCUGGAUCACUUUAAGGUGGAUCUGGUGUGUCAUGGCAAGACAGAGGUGUUUCCUGACAAGGAUGGUUCAGACCCGUACGCUGAGCCCAGGAAGAGGGGGGUAUUCAGGACCAUCGAUAGUGGCAAUAAUCUCUCCACUGAUGACAUUGUCGUCAGAAUCAUUGAAAACAGGUGCAACAUGCUGCAGGACUGAGCAUUAGCUAGAGGCAAAUUGCCAGAAAAUGCAGCGGUCUUAAGUGAAAGUUACUGUUUGUAAACCUUCACUCUGCUUUCACUCAUCCUCAGGUUUACAGGUGACAUAACACAUCUGUACCAUGGUUUAAGGAGGUUGUAGAAUUUUAACUUAUUUGUGUACAGCUCUGUAGGCAGAGAUGCUAAGUUUAAAGGGGUUACAUUUUGACUUAAAAUUGUUUAUGUUGGUUUGUUUGAGGAUAAGUUCUUGUUUACCACCAAAUAAUCUCUAUACAUUUGUCUCAGAAAGAUGCAGUAGUAUUAAUCCUCUCAGCCUGUUCCACAGAGUGUCAGGUUAGCCAUGAUAAGCUUAUGUUCAUCAUUCCUAAAACUAUGAUCAGUGCUACAAGUGGAUGUGAAGACUCAUCAUUUGUCUCCUUUGCAAAACAAGUUGUAAUAUUUUUGAGACAAUAAAGUGUUCCUCAUUUUAA